UACAUUUGGCCUGAUAACAUAACCAUUCACCCUGUAGUCGGGACUUGUGUAGAUGAAUACAGCUCUUCUUUAUCAAAUGAAAUUUCUGACAGUGUCAGUUCUUGGAAAAAUUCAUUCCUUAGACGAGAGGCAUUCUUUUAUCGGGAGCAGCGUGGGCCUGCGCGGGGUACAAUCUGACGUUGUAGGUGGAUAUACGAAACUAGAUCUUGGCGUCAGUCUGUUGAGCUACCCGGCUACGAUCGGACGCAGUAAGUGUAUUAGGUGAAGCUGCUCAGUACUGCAUUACCACAAGGACAAAUUCAGAGGGAUACCCGAUGAUGUAGAAUCGGCGUUGUGUGACACUACAUCCCAUUUGUUACCAUGGCAACAGGAACAGACAACCCAGGGUAUGUAAGGGAGGAGGUUGACACUGACAACGGACUUUCCUCGAAUGAUAAUAACACUGAUGGCGGUUAUAGGACACGGGCGACAGAGAAAUCAAAACCAUGGGAUAUAUUCCAAGAAGAUGCCAAGACAAGCCUCUCGACUUCCUCGGAGUACGAAAUAUGGAAGACCAUCAACGCCAUCGUCAAACUCUUUACAUACUUCGUCUUCAUUGGUCUCAUUCUCGGUUCCUCUGUGAUGUCCAAACUAUGUAUAUUCUACAUGACGUACCAUCUCCCCAUCCAAGAUCAUUUUGAACUGGGCAAAAACCAAAGCCGAGGCAACAACAACAACAACAACAACAACAAAACAGAUGAUGAUGGAGACCACGGGGUAUGGGUUAUGUUAAAACCACAGGAUCUGAUCGUGGACAUGAAGUGGGUGUGGUCUCUUAUUCUUGUCAUGUGGGCCCCCUAUGUGUUCACGGCGCUGUCGUGCACGUGGAAGAUGAUAACAAAGACGAGCCCGUCGGUGCAAGCCCUGCCUCUAAUUGUGGCUUCUCUCGUCGAGACCCUUCACUCCAUCGGCCUCUGCAUCUUCGUCUUUCUCGUCCUCCCAAGCCUUGAUCCGUUGCUUGGCUUUUUCUUAACCCUAAGUGUGGCUGGGAUUCCAGCUGUCUUCAGAAUUUUUGAAAGCAGGGAAGAGAAUAAUGAUGCUGACGGCGGCGUUAAUGACACCACACAAUCAACAGCAAGGAAGGUCGUGAAGGGAAUUUUGAAUUUCUUCUUGGCGGUUGUUCACAUAGCGACUGUAGCCCUCUGGGCGCUUAGAACACACACCCAGCAGGGCAAGCUCACAAACACUAUUCUACUUCCUGUCAGCCUCGUUCUGAUAUCGGUCACAUGGUGGGAGAACUACGUGAGCGGAAUCAACUGGUUGACUGGUAUACAACGCCGUAUCCGUGAACAGAGAGUUAAAGUUGAUUUUAUUACGUCUAUCAUAAAAAUAAUAACUACUCUCCUUGUCCCGGCUGUUAUCUUUGCUCCCGGUGGCGACAACUGCGUUGCAACGUUUUUCCUAACCAGGACCAAUGCCACAGAAUGCUCCUUAUUUGGAAAUCUGAGACUUGAAGAUUAUCGACAUCCGAUAGUAUCCUCCUGCUCUGAAGAACUCCCGUUUCUGGUAGCCGCAGUAUGUAUACUGUGCAGCGCUAUAUGCUAUGGUAUGUCCAAAGCCUGCUGCAAGGUGCGUGCUCAGAUCCCCUGCUUUUCAAUCCCAAUGCUGCUGUCAACGCCUGUUACGUUCGGUUUGAUCCUGCUAUCCUACUCCACCAGUAAUAAGAAUAGCAACUUCCUGAGCUGCAGCUUUGAGUGGGUGGAACCAAUUUCAAAGUUCUCGGACUUCCUGCUACAAUUUACUGUGGAUUACUGGAUCCCAAUUGGCAUAUUUGGAUACAUUACGUUAUUCUGCAUUGUUGAUCAUAUCUGGCACCCGAGCGACGAGAGACUGGCCAGGACGCAUAGGUUAUUUGCCAAGCCCCUCUACUGUGGGAUACUACUGGACCAGUCGCUGAUACUGAACCGGAAACGUGUGACGAAAGCCCACAUAGAAACAAAGGAGAAAAAUGAAUCUAGAGUGAACGUCCCUCAUUUCGGAGACAAUGACGAAUUUGACCUCCGGGAUACAUCCAACAUGAGGAAGGACGACACCCCUCUGAUCUAUGUGUGUGCUACCAUGUGGCAUGAGUCAGAGAACGAGAUGAAUCAGAUGCUGAGAUCUGUAUAUAGACUUGAUGAAGACCAGAGCGCCAGGCGAAAAGCCAUCAAAACAUUUGAGACAGAUGUCGAUUACUACGAGUUUGAAGCUCACAUCUUCUUCGACGACGCCUUCCAACCUCACAAAGAGGGCGACGUGGAUUACGACGUUAACGACUGGGUGAAGCAGCUCCUUCGGGUUAUAAACGUCGCCCUUCAAGACGAGUACAACACCCCGCAUACAAUCCCCCCUCCAACGCGGACUGAGACUCCGUACGGAGGCCGCCUGGUUUGGACGCUUCAAGGGGGCAACACGCUAACGGCACAUCUGAAGGACAAGAUGAAGAUACGACACAGGAAGAGAUGGAGUCAGGUGAUGUACCUCUACUAUUUUCUGGCCAACAAGCUCAUGUCCGAGCAAAUCGAUAUCAAGCGGAAGCGCAUACGAGCUGACAACACGUUCCUAUUGGCUCUCGAUGGUGACGUCGACUUUCAACCCGAGGCUCUCCGGAUGUUGGUGGAUAGGAUGAGGCGAGACCCGAACGUGGGCGCAGCGUGUGGGAGAAUCCAUCCUAUAGGGUCAGGUCCAAUGGUGUGGUACCAGAAGUUUGAGUACGCUGUCAGUCAUUGGCUGCAGAAAGCAACAGAACAUGUGAUUGGCUGCGUCCUGUGCAGCCCCGGAUGUUUCAGUUUGUUCCGAGGCUCCGCCGUGAUGGACGACAACGUGAUGAAACGCUACACGACAGCUCCAACUGAGGCCAGACAUUAUGUACAGUACGACCAAGGUGAGGAUCGAUGGCUGUGCACCUUGCUGCUACAACAAGGCUACCGAGUCGAGUACUGCGCAGCUUCCGACUCAUUCACCUAUGCUCCCGAGGGAUUUUACGAGUUCUUCAACCAGCGGCGUCGCUGGACCCCAUCCACGAUGGCUAACACCAUGGAUCUCCUUCAGGACUGGAAGAGCGUUACCAGGAAGAACGCCGAUAUUUCAUGUCUGUAUAUCAUCUACCAGAUGGCACUGAUGGCAUCUUCCAUCAUCACCCCAGGAACCAUAUUCCUCCUCAUCGUUGGAGCCAUUAACAUUGCCUUCCCUGCCAUGCCAUUGUUUGGUUCCCUCAUCCUCAACCUCGUACCCGUCGCCGUCUUCGUCCUUCUCUGUUUCGUGGCCAAACCAAAUAUACAGCUUGGCUAUGCGGCCAUCAUAUCCAUCCUCUACAGUCUGGUGAUGAUGCUGGUGAUAGUUGGAUUGAUACAACAGGCAGCUACAUUCGGAUUCUGUUCUGCUUCAACCAUCUUCCUUGUGAUUGUUAUUGGAAUAUUCCUGGUAGCGGCCAUCUUGCAUCCUCAAGAGUUCACCUGCAUCCUCCACGGUUUCCUCUACUUCCUGGCACUCCCUGCCAUGUCAAUGAUUCUCAUGAUAUACUCCCUUGGCAACCUCCACGUAGUCUCGUGGGGAACUCGCGAGACCAAGCAGGCCGCGCCUCCUCCAGGGCAACAGCCCGAGAAAAAAGAGGGCAAUGCCAUACAGCAGAUGUGGAAUCGGAUCACUGGGUCGGAUGAAGGAGGGGUGUGGGACUCAUUGUGCAGGUGUGUUUGCUGCUCUUCCUCCGCCAACAAGGAUCAGCUGGAUCAAGUGAUGAAGAGGUUGGAGAAGAUAGAAGCUGCUGUAGUAGAGGCACCAAAAAAUCCUCAAAGAAGUGACUCUAACGCCAGACAAUUUAGACAACGAAGGCAGGUAUCUUUACUGGGCGAUUCCAUCCCUGAGCAGGAAGGGGAGAAUGACACCUUCGACAAUGACCCCUCCUGGAUCCUGGAUCCCGACCUCGGUCAAGGUCAUUUUAAAGAUCUUCCUGAGUCAGAGCAGACGUUUUGGAAAGAGCUGAUAGAAGAAUAUCUGUUACCCUUGGAAGAGAAUAAAGAACAACAAGAAAAGAUAAAACAUGAUCUGCUAGAAUUGAGGAACAAAACGUGUCUCUUUUUCUUUCUAAUCAAUGGCCUUUUUAUCAUUUUAAUCUUCACACUGCAAACGGUGUCAGAUUAUACACCAAACCUGAAGAUCAGUUUACCAUGUUCAGAUCCCAGAUUCCAAGGAGAUCAGUUCGAACCAAUUUCAAUAACUUUCGUGCUUGUGUUUGGAGUGCUGUUGGUCAUCCAGUUCCUGUCCAUGUUUGUCCAUCGGUUGUCCACGUUCCUCCACAUCACGUCCAUCACAGACUUCAGGGACAUAGGAAAGACAUUGCGAAGGACCAAAGAGAAGCUAGCAUCAGACCAAGAGUUGAAGGGUGAGGAGUAUGUAGAACUUACAAAAGAUCUCCAGCGUUACCGAGAAGAUGGAAUUGAACUUGAGAUUGAUCAAACCUCUAACCCAUUUGAGGAUAAACAGAAAAAGAAGUGGGCCACAAUACAGAGCAGAAGACACCGGAGAGAGCAGACAGAGCCAGCUACACCAACAAACUUUGAUGAAAGGUUUGUUGGAAAUUUCACAAAGCUGGCAAAGGAUGUUGAACAGUUUGGAGGUACCCUUCCCAGAGAUAGGCCAAAGACGUUUCGCCGCUUUAAGAAAAAAUCGGUUAAGGCUAUAACGAGUCUAACUGAAUCCAACACACAAUUCGCAAAAUCUCUCGUCCGGAAAGCAACGCUCAUGACGAAGAGAAUGAAACAAGAACAGCAACAGGCUGAGCAGGAUGGACCUGAUGUACCCUAUAGAAAACGAGCACCUGCUGAAAGGGUCCGGGACAAACGCAGGAAGAAACAGGACAAAUUACAGACGGCGUCUGACACUGAAGAGGUAGAACUGUACGAAAACAUUAAGGGACUCAAAGGACAGGAGGAGAUAGAGGUGGAUAACGUCCGCCACGCAGGAAAUACCUCCAUGUAACAUAUUUGGUUCCAAGUGAAAAGUAUGAUUGGACCAAAUGUUGAAACAUACCUGUUGACAGUGGUAUAAACCUGUCAAACCUGUCAAAUGUGCCAUAAUCGUUUUCUUAAUGUCUUUCCUUUCUUUUACUUGAGACAAUUAUAUUUUUAUAUAUGUGUAGAAUUUUUGCUUUAUCCAUUCGUGUAUUAACAUUCACAUAGCAAACAUGAAAUCCCAGUAGUCAAUUUGCAAUGUCUUCACAUAUGAAUUUGAAUAAUGUUAAUGGUUUCAAAUGUCAAGGCAUUUACCAUAAAGAUUUCAAAGUUGAGUGCAUUGAGUAAAUCUCCUCAAUACCAUUUUCACCCACUAUCCAAACAUUUGCAGAACAUGGUCGUAAAAUAUUUUACUUUUCAUCCCAUUUCUGGCAUCAACAUACUACUGCCUUUGGCUCAUAUUAAAUGCGUUGUUGGACUUUAUCAUUACGUAAGUAAGAUUAAAUAUAGUCUCAAGGGUGACCUCGCUUCCUAUGGAACAGAGCUGUGUAAAACAUUGUUUUUAUGAUACUGUACAUUUUUUAUGACAAUAAAUAUAUUAUUUACACAAA